UUUAUCUUGUUUUCUUUUUUAUUCGUGUUUGUUUGGCAUUCCAAAUACAGUACCGAAAUUUUGAUUCACUUAAUGUUAAUAAAAGGAUUUAUUUAAUAUAAAAUAUAAAUUUUCGGAAAAGAGAUAUGGUCGGCAAAACUGGCGGGGAUGAAGAUCCACUAAAUGAAGAACGGUUAGGCGCUGUGCGAGAAGUUGGUUCACAAGCGGUUUGGAGCUUAUCGUCAUGCAAACCUGGAUUUGGUGUUGAAAGACUACGUGACAACAUAAUGGACACGUAUUGGCAAUCAGACGGCCAGCUUCCUCAUCUCGUUAACAUACAGUUUCAGAGGAAAACGAGCAUUAGUCAAAUAUACAUUUAUACUGACUAUAAGUUGGAUGAAAGUUACACCCCCAGCAGAAUAUCCAUACGUUCAGGAACACAUUUUAAUGAUUUACAAGAACUGGAAAUUGUAGAAUUGUCUGAACCAACUGGUUGGGUAAGUGUUCCAAUCAAAGAUGGUGGAGGUAGGUCCAUUCGAACGUUUAUGGUACAAAUUGCAGUUAUUUCGAAUCAUCAAAAUGGUAGAGAUACACAUAUGCGCCAAAUUCGAAUUCAUUCUCCCGUCGAAGGAAAGGAUUACCCAUUAGAGUCAUUUGGAAAAUUCAAUACUGUUGGAUUUCAAAAAUUUUCAACAUUGCGAUAGCUAUCAAAUAAUAAUUUCUUUACCUAUUUUUAAA